AAUCGAGCACCUAAUUGUUCAACUUUAAUUUACAUAAAAAUGGCAUUCCGGUAUAUCUUCGUGAUAAGUGCCCUGGUGGUCGUGGCCCAAGGAUCCUAUCUGUCCUCUGUGGAUCAGGAAUCAGAGGUUGGAGUCCAUAGCUCUGGCGGUGUGUCAUCUGGAGCUGCUGUUGGCGGUAUUUCACGAGGACAUCCUGCUGGACCCCAGUCUCAGCGUCCCGCCUCUGGUCUUGGGGGUUCCUAUGGACCUCCUGGAGGAUCUCAGCGUCCUCGUCCCCAUGGAGGUUCUCCUAGGCGUCAGUCUGGUGGAUACAAUCGCCCAUCGGGUGGAGCCAAUCGUCCUGCUGGUGGAGCUCAGGCAGGCCGACAAACUGGAGGGGGAGCUGCUCACGGAAAUCGUCACCAGAACCGCAUUCCCAACCAGAAGCCAUACUAGGAAAU